AUGCAGAUUUAUGUUGAAGAUAAAUUCUAUCAAUCAGCCUUAUUUCCUCAGUGGAAAUUUAGUCACUAUGAUGUGGUGGUUGGUGUGUUAUCAGCUCGAAAUAACCACAAACUUCGAAAUGUGAUAAGGAACACCUGGCUGAAGAAUUUGCUGCAACAUCCUACAUUAAGUCAACGUGUGCUUGUGAAGUUCAUAAUAGGAGCCCGUGGCUGUGAAGUGCCUGUGGAAGACAGGGAGGACCCUUACUCCUGUCGACUGCUCAACAUCACCAAUCCAGUUUUGAAUCAAGAAAUUGAGGCAUUCAGCUUUCCUGAAGAUGCCUCUUCAUCUAGACUCUCUGAAGACCGAGUUGUCAGCGUGAGCUUCAGAGUUCUCUACCCAAUCGUGAUUACCAGUCUUGGAGUGUUCUACGAUGCCAGUGACAUUGGUUUUCAAAGGAACAUCACAGUCAAGUUGUAUCAGACAGAGCAAGAGGAGGCCCUUUUCAUCGCCCGAUUUAGUCCUCCAAGCUGUGGCAUACAAGUGAACAAGCUAUGGUAUAAGCCUGUGGAACAAUUCAUCUUACCAGAGAGCUUCGAAGGUACAAUUGUGUGGGAAAGCCAAGAUCUUCAUGGCCUCAUGUCCAGAAACCUGCACAGAGUGACAGUGAACGAUGGAGGAGGUGUUCUCAGAGUCCUCACGUCUGGGGAAGGGGCCCUGCCUCAUGAAUUCAUGGAAGGUGUGGAGGGAGUUGCAGGUGGCUUUAUCUACACUGUUCAGGAAGGUGAUGCACUAUUACGAAGUCUUUACUCUCGGCCCCAGAGACUUGCAGAUCAUUUACGGAAUCUGCAAGAGGAAGAUGCCUUACUGCAGAAGGAAAGCAGUGUCUAUGAUGACAUCGUCUUCGUGGAUGUUGUGGAUACUUACCGGAAUGUUCCUGCAAAAUUAUUGAACUUCUAUAGAUGGACUGUGGAAUCCACCAGCUUCGGUUUGCUGCUCAAGACAGAUGAUGACUGUUACAUAGACUUAGAAGCUGUGUUUAAUAGAAUUGCUCAGAAGAAUCUAGAUGGGCCAAAUUUUUGGUGGGGAAAUUUCAGGUUGAAUUGGGCAGUGGACAGAACCGGAAAAUGGCAGGAGCUGGAAUACCCCAGCCCAGCUUACCCUGCCUUUGCAUGUGGGUCAGGGUAUGUGAUCUCCAAGGAUAUCGUUGACUGGCUGGCAGGCAACUCCGGAAGGUUAAAGACCUAUCAGGGUGAAGAUGUCAGCAUGGGCAUUUGGAUGGCAGCCAUAGGACCUAAAAGACACCAGGACAGCCUGUGGUUGUGUGAGAAAACCUGUGAGACAGGAAUGCUGUCUUCUCCUCAGUACUCACCAGACGAGCUGAGCAAACUGUGGGAACUGAAGGAACUGUGUGGGGAUCCUUGCCAGUGUGAAGCAAAAGUACAAUGAUCCCCAAAGAACAGGAACUGUAAAUCCGAGGAGAGCUGUGGCUGGUAUUGAGCUGUAAGCAGUAGGGUAUUACUAGUGUUUGCACAGAUCUUAAUGAAUCAACUGAUAACUGUAGCAUAAGUUUUUAUUUAUAAAUUGAAAGAUUAUUUAUACCAAAUUAUUUUAUAAAAAAUAUUGCUAAUUUCUGAUCUCUUAUACUGAUUAGCAACUCAUUAUUACCAUUUUCAGUUAAAUGGCCAAAUUCAGAAAAGAACUCCAUUUGAAUCUCAAGCAGGAUUACAAAAUAGCUCUGCAUAACUUAAUUAGGCCAGAAAGAAACUUCAAAGAUUCUGUGUGGCACAGGGGCCACAAAUACCAAAGUCUGGGUUGCUAGAAAUACCUGUUUGUGGAUCUCUGAUACAGACAACCUGGCCUUGAAAAGGAAAUGUUGUAAACUGAAGUUUGGUAUCUUACUUUUAAAGAUGUUUAUUUACAUACAUAUCAUGUUUUCUUUUACUGUUUAAUGUAAAUUCUGAAUGUCUCAGCUUAGUACUGAGACAUUUACUCUCACUAAACUGUUUUUGUGAGUAUGAGUAAAAGUAUACACCUCAGGGUUCAGUGUCACAGGGAAGCGUAGGGAAGGCACUCUGCCUUGCCUGAUGUUUACCUAAGCUUGAAUAGGAGAUGGUGAUAUGUGCAAGACAGGCUCAGUGUAGGCAUAACAUAGGGAAUAGUAUGUUACAGGCUGAAGAUGUGUUUCCUCAGCUUAAAGACAUUUCUCAGAAUGACCAACCAAAUCACUGUAGUAAACUUUUUACAAGUUAAGUAGCCCACAGCAGAUUUUAACUGUAUUCAGAUUUAGACUACUGUUUCUACUCCACUUCUUCACAUAGUGGAAUGCAGUAAGUUGUGAAAACAGAAAGGGCAGAAAAAUCAAUAGUAAUCAAAGCCUUUAUUAUUCUAUUAAUAUACAACCAAAUGGUCUUUUCCCAUCAAACAUAACAUCAUUUGUGAGGGCAAAGGUUUUGUUCCUCGUGUAUACCUUCCAGUCGUUAAACUCUUCUGGUUGGACUGUUACCAUCGCACUAGUAGGCAAUCUCCAUUCUCCACAGAAUAAAAUUGUAAUGGCUGUAGGUCAUUUUCUAGUUCAAUUUCUCUGCCCGGCAUCUAAAAUUAGAGUCAGGUGGAGAGCAGUAAGACAGGGCUGAUGAUGCACGUUAUCCAUGCCACCCUCCAAUGGCCGGUGAGCUGCAAAGUCAAAGGCUGCCUCCAGUUAGAGCCUGAUAUGUAUGGCUCACAGUACUGUGGAGAACUAAGCUUAGCUUUGUGGUUUUGCUUAGCAACUUACCUUGGAACUUUCGUAGGAUAACAGAAGCUCUGACACAGGAACUUUGAGGAGACGUGACAGCAGUCCCUUUACCUUUUGAACUGUCAUAGAGUCUAUCAAAGAAAAGAAAUUUUUAAAUGACUACAUGUAGACACAGCUCAGGCGAGGCAGCCAUUGAUGGAAAGCUUGAGUCAGUCUACCAGGUGAGUCUUUUAACAAAGUGGGAAAUGGAGCCAGUGUUUGACCCAAGUGGUCUUGACAGUGAGGUGUCAUACCAUUUACUAUUUCUUCCUCAAUCUGAAUAACCAGAAAUAAUUACCUCACUGAAGAGGAUAAAAUAUAGGCCUUUGUGAUAACUUCCUAGGGUGUUGCUGAAGAUCCCUGGAGUGGGGACCUUGAGGGGCACUCUCAGCCUUAUUUUCCCUCAGAAGAUGCAAGUGGUUGAUGAAGUCCCACCCAGCACGAGUACCCAGUCACCAUCAGGAUGUGCACAUAUGAUACUAGGUGUGGGAAAGUAACUCUGAAGAACAAAUGCUCUGGUCUGUUAAGAACAUACUAGGAACUUCUUUCCAAAGACAGGUUGUGGUAUAUAGUGGAUAUUUUGAUUAAGAAUAUUAGUUUCUCUGAAGCUUUAGCUGAAAGUACAGCAAUAGUGUGGUGUCCCACAAAUAUUACGAUGUAGUCAAUUAUUUUUCUAUAAAAUUGUUUUUAUAAAUGCUGUUUUUAAUGCAACUUGUGAUAAUAAAUCUUCUCUAUUUUAGAAUAAA